AAGUUAUCUUUAAAAAAGGCCUGUGUCCUGUGUAACUGUUACGGUAUACCACUGUUACCACUGUUACAUUUGUAUUUCUAGCUAAAAUAUAUAUUUUAUACAAAAUCUGGUGCUUUAAAAUAAAGUUUAAUAACCCCAUUAACCGGGUUAAUAACCACUCCCAAUAAGAAAGCUUUUUAACCCAAGGUUUUUUUAACCAAGUUUUUGACGUCUGACAUAACCUUACUUUUCAAUGGGCUACAAAGGUUACGAAAUAUAAAUAGAAAGUCAUUUUUUUAGUUAAAAAGAAAGAUAAGUAUCAAUUAUACACCUGUUAGAUUAUUUUAUUAUUAUUUAGUACUGAUCUAAAAUGAGUGGCGAACCAAAAAUUCACGUAGGGUCUAGAAAAAGCGAGCUGGCUUUAGUCCAGACAAGACAUGUUAUAGCACUGUUAAAACAGCUUCAUCCUGAUAAGGACUUUGAAAUUGUUACAAUGAGUACGUUAGGUGACAAAAUUCUUGAUAUUCCCUUACCGAAAAUAGGCGAAAAAUCACUAUUCACUCAAGAAUUAGAAAUAGCUUUAGCCAGUAAACGUGUUGACUUUGUUGUUCACUCUUUGAAAGACUUACCGACAACUUUACCAGAUGGCAUGGCAAUAGGAGCAGUAUUAUCGAGAGAAGAUCCCCGUGAUGCCUUAGUUUUACAGAAAGGUUUAAAAAAUUACUCUCUUGCAACAUUGCCCGAGAAUAGUGUUAUUGGUACAUCAAGUUUACGAAGGACUGCACAGUUAGCUAAAAAAUAUUCACAUUUAAAGGUUGAGAAUAUUAGGGGUAAUUUGAAUACCAGGCUGAAAAAACUGGAUGAUUUAGGCACUUAUCAAGCUAUUAUUCUGGCUUCUGCAGGUCUUAUUAGGAUUGGUUGGAAAAAUAGGAUUUCAAAGAUGCUUGAUUCUGAGGAAUUCCUCUAUGCAGUGGGCCAAGGGGCACUGGCUGUAGAAUGUAGGGAAAACGAUGAAAACAUAAUAAAACUACUAGAACCACUGUAUGAUCUCCAAACAGCGUUAAGGAUAAUCGCAGAAAGAAGUUUUUUAAAAACUCUGGGAGGUGGCUGUAGUGCCCCUGUAGCUGUGACUUCUAAUUUGAUUUUAAUCAAAGAAAAAGAGGUAGAAUUAUCUCUAAAAGGUGCAGUAUGGUCUUUGGAUGGCAAAGAAGAAGUUUUGGAUAAUGCUAAGACUCAAUUAAAUGUAUUAGAUAGUAUCAAAUGUGCAGAGUGUCCCUAUAAAAACGGUUUUAUCGAAAUUAUCGACAUAGAAUGCUGUAUUAGUUGCCCCGUUUCCCCGAACAAAAUGCCUCCAGCUAAAAAAACUAGGUUAAAUAUUACAAAAGAGUUACUAGAAAAUGAUCCUCAUGAAAAAUGUCCCAUGCAGUUGCCUAUAGGCUUGGAUUUUAUGGGACAGUGUCCAUACUUAGAAGGAGAUCUACAGACAAUCCACAAUCAUUUACCUCUAGAUGGUUCACCAGCAGAAAUAAAAAAAAUUGCUCAAGAAUGUCCAUAUUUAAAGCAAACUACAGAAAGACUAAAUAAUAUUGUUAGUGCCCCCUCAGUGAGUAUAGAGAAUAACAACAGCAAUCUUUUUGUUGGUUUAGUUUCUCAUAAAAGUAUCACAAAAGAAAAUUUAAAAAAGGCUCAGAUACUGGGAGAAAAUCUAGCUAGGAAUCUGAUCCAAAAAGGGGCCCUAGAUAUAAUGAGUAAGGCUCAGGCGAUUGUACAUGGUGGAACGAAAGUUAAAACUUAAGAAAUAUAGAGGGAAAAUGAUUGCUUUAUUUAAUAUAUUCGUUAUAUUUUUUGGUUAUUUAAAUAGGUCUAGAAUGGUGGUAAAUUAUUGUUAUAAAAUUGGUUUAAAUUUAGCUUACGGUUUGAGUAUUAAAUAUUAUAUCUAUGUUGGUUUUAAAAUAUAUAUAAAAUUAAAAGAUGAA